AUGAUCACGGAUCUUGAUGUAGCCUCUGAUCGUGCUUCGAUGGGCGAAGGCUCCAAGCAAAUUUACAGUGGGCAUAGUUGCAAAACAUGUACAUUAGCCGAUAGCAGCAGAAUGGUUCAAUACGAUAACUGUGAUGAUUGGCACCAUUUCACGUGUGAAAACAAAAGUAUACAGGAACAAAGCCGAAGCUGGUCAGGAAAAAUAGGAACAAAGAAGCCAGGUAAACCUCGAAAACGCAAAUCGAUCGAAGAGCAAUCGGAUGUGAAAAUCAACGGUAAAAAUACGGAGUACCAGCUUCGCGCGAAAGAACAAGUCGGAAAUCACUCGAAAGCUGGAUCGGUUAAAUCUACUGUUUCCAAUUCAGUUAAAGCGCGGCUGGAACUUAAGCUUCGUAAGCUGGAGGCUGAACAAACUAUACUAGAUGAGAAGAGAAAGCUUCUAGAUGAACAACUGAGCGUUAUGGAGGAACUGGCUGAGCUGCAGAGCGAGCGGGGAAGCAAAAGCGUGCAUGAGGACUGCAAUUCUCGGGUUCACGACUGGCUGAGUAAGGAGUUUUCUGAAAAAAUGAACAUCUCUCAAAAUGAAAGCGAAUCAUCUAAAGCGAAUGAACUCGCCGAAUCAGAAGAAACAAGCUCUUACGAAGAAGAUGAAUCUGGAGACUCGACGGACGAAUCCGACCAGGAUGAAGCGGAUCUAGAACUAGCACGUAGCUUUUGUCCAAAGAAACGGUCCACCCCCAAAGACGAGGGUAACAAGCGAAUGAGCCGAGAGCACAAUUCCGCUACUAAGUGCAAACCAACAUCCUGUAUCUUGACUCGAAAUCAGUUAGCAGCUUGUCAGAUCGUUUCCAAGGAACUUCCUAUCUUUACCGGAAAUCCCGAGGAGUGGCCAAUGUUUCUCUCAACUUAUGAGAACACUACAUCAAUGUGCGGUUUUCGGGACGACGAAUAUAUGAUCCGCCUUCGAAACUGUCUGAAGGGAAAUGCGCUCACAUCGGUUCGAAGUUUUCUUCUUCACCCUUCUACUGUGGACAAAGCGAUGGCAGCUCUUAAAUUGCGGUUUGGUCAACCACACUCAAUCAUCAACGCCUUGAAGGAAAAAAUUCUUUGUAUACCGCCUUUGAAGCCAGAUGCAAUUGACAAACUUAUCGACUUCGCGUUGGCUGUGCAAAAUCUGUAUGCGACCAUCGGUGCAUGUGGGCAUAAAGAAUAUUUGCGGGACGUAUCUUUACUGCAGGAACUUGUAGCCAAACUUCCACCUUCUAUCAGAUUAGACUGGGCCAGGCAGUGUAGAAAUCUUCGAAAGGUGAAUUUAGCCGCUUUCAGUAAAUGGGUUUAUACGCUUGCUGAGGAUGCCUGUCUCGUCGUUGGGAAUACCGACAAGCAGCAGUUUCACGACCAAUAUGGGCCACGCAAAGGAAAAGCCACAUUAAACGUGCACUCUGAAUUGGCGGGAUCCAGCCUACAAUAUGAGAAGUCGCCGAAACAGGAAGCACCAACUGGAGCACUUGAUAAUGAGAACACCGCGAGUUGCGCCAUCUGCCGAGGAGAAUGUCAAUCACUAGAAAGAUGCCAAAAAUUCCAGAAUUUAUCGUACGAUGAAAAAUGGGCUGCUGUACGUGAGUUCAAGGUCUGUCGAAAGUGCCUAAAAAAUCACAAGGGGGGAUGCAAUUAUCAACCAUGUGGUAGGGAUGGAUGUAUAUUUAAACACCAUCCGCUAUUACACAAAGUUCUUAAAGCGGAAUCACCAAUUACAUGUACACCAAACGGAGCCCAAUCAUGUAAUACCCACCGAACCCAACCAAAUUCAAGUCUUUUCCGUUAUGUGCCUGUUGUCCUGCACGGUAAACAAAAGAGCGUUGAAUGUUACGCGUUUCUCGAUGACGGAUCAGAAUUGACACUCAUUGACCAAGAGAUUGCUAAUGAACUAGAGCUCGCAGGUAUUCCACGUCCAUUAUGCCUUAAAUGGACUGGUGGCACUGAGCGAUACGAAGCUGAAUCACAAAGUGUAGACCUGUUCAUCUCCGGACAGAAUGGCAAACGGUAUCUCAUGGACGAUGUGCGCACUGUCCAAGAACUUCAGCUGCCCAGACAAACACUAGACGUUGAACGUCUUCAGAAUUUACAUCCUUAUCUUCGAGGUAUACCCGUGCAAUCUUAUCGUGAUGUCUGCCCACGCAUUCUGAUUGGUGUGAAACAUGCCAGUGUGUCGCUAGUACGUAAAAGCCGCGAGGGGCAACCAUCUCAACCCAUUGCAAUUAAAACCAACGUGGGUUGGAUCGUUUAUGGUGGAUCGUCGACGGAACAAUCGGUUACCAUGACACACUUUACCAAUCACGAAUGCUCAUGCGAUGGCAAUCAUGACGACGCUCUUGUUCGCACAAUGAAGGAAUACUUUAACUUAGACAGCUUAGGUGUCACGAGACCCGUAAAAGAUAUCCGUUCCAGAGAUGAUGAAUACGCCCUAAACCUUUUAAAUGAACUCACGCGUAUCAAUGGGCAACGUUUCGAAACUGGACUACUCUGGCGACAAGGUGCGAUUCGACUGCCAGACAGCAAGUCGAUGGCAUUGCAGCGCUUUAAAAGCUUGGAAAAACGCAUGGAAAGGGAAGAAAUACUAUCCCAUACCUUGAACGAGAAGAUUGCGGAUUAUCGCGCAAAAGGAUAUAUACGCAAAUUGGAAAGUGAAGAAAUCAACCGAGUGCAUGAGCAUGUUUGGUAUUUGCCUGUGUUUCCCGUUACGAAUCCAAACAAACCAGGCAAGGUGAGGAUAGUCUGGGACGCGGCAGCAUGCAGUUAUGGUAUCUCUCUGAAUUCCGCACUGCUCACCGGUCCUGAUCUGCUGGUUUCUUUGAUAUCUGUUCUCUACAAAUUCCGUGAACGUCGAUUUGCCAUAUGUGGCGAUAUUUGUGAAAUGUUUCACCAAAUUCGUAUGCGUCGGGAGGACCAAAACUUUCAACGGUUUCUAUGGCGAGACGACUGUACGCAGAAGGAGCCAAGCGUUUUUGUUAUGCAGGUGAUGACGUUUGGGGCGUGUUGCUCACCCUGUAGCGCACAGUUUGUCAAAAACCACAACGCGGAGCGCUUUGCUAAAGACUAUCCAGAAGCUGUGAAUGCAAUCAUCAAAAGUACAUACGUCGACGACAUGUUAUGCAGCGUUGAUACAGAGGAUGAGGCCGUUCGUCUGGCGCAGGAAGUCUAUUUCGUUCACAAGCAAGGGGGAUUCGAAAUCAGAAAUUGGAUGUCAAAUUCCCCCCGCGUGUUGGCUGCUUUGAACGAAGAUCAGUGGACAGAAAAGAGCUAA